AUGGCUGCCUACAUCGAUUUCAACCAGCCGACUCUCUGGCUGUCUGCUGCAAGCAUUGCGUUCAACCCGACUUUCUGGAACAUCGCUGCUAGACAAGAAUACCACAACAAGGUCAUCACCAAGCUCUUUGGCGGCAACCCGCGCUACGGCUGCUACGCGCUCGCCGUUACCAUCUUCUCGCUGGGAAUCAUUCGCGAUGCUAUCUACAAAACCGCCAUCGAAGCGCAGCCCACACUACCCCUCCUCCUCACGCCCACCUUCCGCAGCAUCGCGUACGGCCUGCUCGCGUCGGGCAACGUGCUGGUCCUGUCGUCCAUGUGGGCGCUGGGCGUGACGGGCACGUACCUGGGCGACUACUUCGGCAUCCUGAUGGACGAGAAGGUGACGGCGUUCCCCUUCAGCGUCACCGACGCGCCCAUGUACUGGGGCAGCACCGCGUCCUUCCUCGGCACCGCCAUCCUCUUCGGCAAGCCCGCCGGCGUCUUCCUCACGGCCCUCGUCUACGUCGCCUACAGCAUCGCCCUCCGCUACGAGGACCCCUUCACCGCUGAGAUUUAUGCGAAGAGGGAGCGCGAGCGCGCUGCCGGUAAGAAGUCGUCGUAA